AUCACUGACAGUGCUACAUAAAUUUACAGCGCUCUGUGCCGUCACAAGACAACUGGCCAUGGAGACAAAGACAAUAUUUAUUCUACUAGGACUCAUCUGUAUAAAACAUGGAUUUGCGCAGUCUCAGCAUAUCUGUACUAAUGCAGACAUGUGCACCACUGACUCUCAAUGUGGUAAAGGGCGAGUAUGUAAAGACUACGUAGAUCACAAAUGCUGUGAGGCCAUGGUACACGUCUGUGCCCCUGGUGACGUGUGCACUACUGACUCUCAAUGUGGUAAAGGGCGAAUAUGUAAAGACUAUGUGGACCACAAAUGCUGUGAGACCACACAGCCAAUACACGUCUGUGCCCCAGGUGACGAGUGUACGCCAGAGAGUCCGUGUAGUCAUGGCCGUACCUGUGUGCAUUACGUAGAUCAUUACUGUUGUACGACGACAAAGGCGGCCAAAUGUCCCCAUUCCAAUAUGUGUAGCAGUAACUCAGACUGCGGUGGCCACGGCAAAAGGUGCAAAGGGGGAUGCUGUACAGGUGGUCACGGAGGUCAUAAAUAAAAGAAUUCCUUAUAUGUGACAAUUUUACUGAUUCUAGAUAAAAAUAUCUAAUAAAAUAUUGUCGAAUAAUGACAAA